GGACGGCCAUUGGGCCCCGCCGUCGCGAGCCAAGGCGGCUGAGACGCCACUUGUUGGCCCAGGAGCUUCGCGUGCCAGUCUGCGCAGUUGCCCCAGUCGGAGCAGUCUGUCUUUUGGCCUGUGUUUGUCAAUCUUUCUGCUUUGGCCAUGGCCGAGGCCCCGUCUCCUCCUCCUCCGCUUCUCGCCGUGGAGACGGACCCGGACUUCCAGCCUCUGCCCCGCGCGCGCUCCUGCACUUGGCCGCUGCCCCGCCCGGAGCUCGCGCCCUCCAGCCCCGCGCAGACCCCGGGCAGGGCCGCCUCGCCCUCGCGCUGCUGUGGCGGCGGCGGCGGAGGAGGAGCGGGGGACCUGCUGAGCCUCCUGGAAGGCGCCAGCAGCAGCGGCGAGGGCGGCUGCCUCUGCGGGGACUUCCCUUGCCUCCUGCACCAGCCACAGGCGGCGCCCUCUCCGGCCGGGCCGCCCUUGGCCUCCUCCUCCUCGCCGUCCGCCUCGUCGUCGUCGGGGCCGCGCAAGAGCAGCUCCUCGCGGCGCAACGCCUGGGGGAACCUCUCCUACGCCGACCUCAUCACCCGCGCCAUCGAGAGCGCGCCCGAGAAGCGCCUCACCCUCGCGCAGAUCUACGAGUGGAUGGUCAAGAACGUGCCCUACUUCAAGGACAAGGGCGACAGCAACAGCUCCGCCGGAUGGAAGAAUUCUAUCCGUCACAACCUCUCAUUACACAGCAAAUUUAUUCGAGUUCAGAAUGAAGGAACAGGGAAAAGCUCUUGGUGGAUGCUGAACCCAGAAGGAGGCAAGAGUGGGAAGUCUCCCAGGAGAAGGGCUGCUUCCAUGGACAACAGCAGCAAGUUUGCAAAAAGCAGGGGAAGGGCUGCGAAGAAAAAAGCAGCUCUUCAGGCAAAUCAAGAUGGAAAUGGUGACAGUUCAGGCACCCCGUUUUCAAAAUGGCCUGCAAGUCCAAACUCUCACAGCAAUGAUGAUUUUGAUAACUGGGGUACAUUCAGGCCUAGAGCCAGUUCUAAUGCAAGUACAAUUAGUGGGAGGCUUUCUCCAAUCCUGCCAGAACAAGAUGACCUCGGAGAAGAUGAUGUACACUCCAUGGUGUACCCUCCAUCAACAACCAAAAUGGCGUCAACUCUGCCCAGCCUUUCUGAAAUGAGCAGCUCAGAAAACAUGGAGAACCUCUUGGAUAACCUCAAUCUUUUAUCCCCCAACACAUCUUUGACUGGAUCAACUCAGUCUCCACCAACUACCAUGAUGCAACAAUCUCCCGGUUAUUCAUAUGCUUCAUCAAGCACGAGUAUAAAUUCACCAAAUCCAGACUACAGGAAAUACACAUAUGCCCAGCCCAGCAUGAAUUCUUUACCACAGAUAGCUAUGCAAACAAUUCAAGACAGCAAAUCAAGCUAUGGGCCCAUUAGUCAAUAUGGUCCCUGUCCUGUAGGACUUUUGAAGGAACUGCUGACUUCUGAUUCACCUCCUCACAAUGAUAUCUUGACAUCUGUAGAUACUCGUGUUUCCCAGCCAAGUAGCCAAGUCCUUGGACAAAAUGUUUUAAUGGCCACUAACUCCACAAUUUCGCCGUAUAGCAACCAGCAGCCCCAUAACAAAAUUAUUGCCUCCACCAAUGCUCAUCCCCACCAAGGACUUGUCCAGUCAACCUCAGCAGUCAACAGCCACACCUUGUCGCUCACAUUGAGCACUGUGUCACAUGCUUCAAGUUUAAACCGAGUGCCCCCAGCAAAAUCCUCAGCACAAGUGCCUAUGAGCCACCCAAUGCAGAUGCACAGCCUCAACCCUUACACCACUGUGAACAGCUGCAACGGUUAUGGGAGAGUAGGGAUUGUCUCUUUCCAUCAGGAGAGACUCCCUAGUGACUUGGAUGAUAUGUUGAUUGAACGAUUGGACUGUGAUAUGGAGUCAAUUAUUCGUAAUGAGCUCAUGGUCGAGGAAACAUUGGAUUUUAACUUUGACAGUGUGUUGCCUAACCAGAGUUUGUCACAUGGGGUCAAAACAACAACACACAGCUGGGUGUCGGGAUAAGGGUGAAAGGAUACACUUGAAAAUACUUCAGACAUCUCUGACCGCAAGAACUGAGCAAGGGAGUCCAAAGAUGUCCUUCAGCUUUUUUUUGCCAUUUCUUUUGUAAUUUUUUCUUCUUCUUGUCGGACUUGGUGCCAGAUGCUUUUCCUGCACAGGAAGUUUGCCAGUUACUUGCAGGUUGUUUUUGCUGUAAGGAAUGUGCCGUUGGAAGUGUCUUUAUUUGAAAGUGCCAAACUCACUACAAUGCCAUAGAAAAGCAGACCGUACUUGCACUUCAUGUUUUGCAUUGACUGUGUACAGUAUAAAUUGCAAAAGUAAAAUGGAUUCUUUAGGAAUAUGUCAUAUCAAAAAAAUAUUGAAACUUAAAAUACUAUGGCAGUCUUUUAUACCUUCAGUUGCUUUUGAUCCAGGCUUACUUUUGAUCUACUCAUCUCACACACAGCUGUGUACAGCUCUGUUAGUUGCCCUAAGUGUAUUAAAACUACUGUACCUUAUGUAUAAGAUCAUGUCAUUAAAAUAUGAUCAAACCAAAGUUGUUGACAGUUCAGAUUUCACAUCUGAGAAUAGGCUGAAACUUUGCCACCAUUAUUUUUGAUCAUGUGGUGGAUUUACAGUGGGGUUGACUUCCAGAUUAACUGAUUAAUUUUACUGAUGUCCAAUUUUGUAAUAGCCAUAUACCUAUUUUUUUACAUCUCUACUUUGUUAUAGAAGCUCCUUAAUAUUUGCCGAAUCCCAGAUAGCUAGUAAAAUUUAUAGUACUUUGUAUACAAUAUUUAAUAAGAAUAAAGGGAGAGAUUUAUACUAGCACUCUGUAAGAUUUGUAAAAAGGUGGUUUCUCCAAAAUAUUUUCUGGCACAAGAGUGAUAUGUAAUUAUAUGUAUGUACAGAUAAAUUCUUUUACUAUAUUAACAUUGACUACCCCCAAAUGUUAAGUCUUGUUAAAAUGUUUUGUAUGUACAGAUCUUCAUAUUUAUAUCGUGGAAGUUUCAUGACUUUUUUUUACCCUGGGACAAUAAUUUCACAGCUUAAUAUUAUUGUUAUUAUUAUUAAUAAUAAUACAUUUUAACUUCAUCUAUUCUUAACUGUAGGGUUUCCCAUUCUUUAUGUUAACAGCUUAUUUUCAUUGAAAAAUCUUAAAGAGCUAGGACCAGGUUUAAGCUAUAUCAUGGUGUAAUAAUAUAUUUUGUAGGAAUGAACCUUGGCCACAAACAGGGCAGUCUUAAUUAUAUGAUUAUUAUAAUUAUAUAGUUCUAUAAUAUAUAUUAAUAGUUGUAGUUGAUGCUUAAUGCCAUAUUCCUUCAAUAAGUCAUGUUGCUUGAGAGAAGCCCUAAUUAUUUACAGUCAGUCCAUCACAUUUGUAGGAGUUAGAGUUGCAGAACCCUCGGGAAAGUGAAAAACUGCAAAUAAAAACAUUGCUUUAAAAAAAAAACCUAGGGGAAAACCUCUCUAGGAAUUUCUAGAUCCUUCAGUGUGACUAUAUGGUCAGUUUCCAUAGGAAGCUGUCUGGCGUAGAAUCACACUGGCAGACCGAGAGAGCUGUUGUAUCUAGGAAUUUCUAGGUCCUCCAGCAUGAGGAAGCAACUGACCAUAGAACUGCACUGGAAGACCUAGAGAUUCCUAGAGAUAACGUUUUAAUCAAAUCCGUGAAUAAUCAGAUCUGCAAACGUUAAGCCCGCAAAUGUGGAAGACCAACUACAUUCCUUUGGAAGAGGUUUAUAUGGUUUAUAUGAGCAAGCUCACGUGUAGAUAAAUAACUAUGUGUACUUCUGAGAUCGUGAGCUAUAUUACUGGUUGCUCAUUGGCCUACUGAGUUCAUUGGACAUCACUCAUCUUCUCAGUCCUCUCCCUCCUUGUUAGCUGAGCAACUGUAUAAUUUUCCCAGGAUUAUUGAAUUUUCAUGCUCCGAUGUUUUGGAAGAACAGAAAGACAUUUGUUUGUUACCUUGUGUCUCUUCCUUUUCUUCUUUGGGAUGCUCUGGUAACAACUUCCUUCUAACCAGUUUGAUAUAUCAGCUGUCCCAACUUCUAGGUGGGUUGCGAACAAGGAGGAGAUCUAAAAGAGUUAGAUGUGGCUAUGGCAGCCUAAAAGUUUGACAUCCCCAUGCUCAGUUACAGUUUUAUGACAGUAUAUUCUGAGGUGCAGUUUUAUUUUAAUUACCCCUAGCACAUCAGUGAUAGAAGAAGAACCCUCUAAACACAUUAGACAUUCAGAAUCUAAUUAUUCUUCUGUGUAAUCCUGGAAGGUUUCCUUAGGGGAAAUAUGUUUAAAUGAUCCCCUGUGUUUAUAAAUCGGAGACAGACUGUGUACAGAUAGGAUGCUGGUAUCAUCUGCCCAGAUGUGUUAUAACCCCUACCUCCUUUGACAUCCCCCAACUUACGUUAACUUGGUCUAGUGCACUGCUUCUUAAGCUGUGUGUCCCAGACCCAAAUGGGGUUCCCUUAGCUCAAUGUUAGGAGCCGCGGUAGCACAAUGGGUUAAACCCUUGUGCCGUUUGAACUGCUGACCUGAAGGUUGGGUUGCUCACCUGAAGGUUGCCGGUUCGACUCUGCAAGACGGGGUGAGCUCCCCUCUGUCAGCUCUAGCAUGCGGGAACAUGAGAGAAGCCUCACAGCUAACACAUCCGGGCGUACCCUGGGCAACAUUUCUGUAGAUGGCCUAUUCUCUCACACCAGAAGCGACUUGCAGUAUGUUCUUAAGUCGCUUCUGAAACUAUAAAAAUGUUGGGGUUCUGAAAAAAUUGGCAAUGGCAAAAGUUUUCUGAACGCCACUUCAUUUUUAGAAAUUUACACACAUUUGUUGUGCAGUGUUUACAGUGGACUCUGCAGAAAGUGCUUGAGCUGUUCUUCAUAAAAAGGAAAAUUAGCCUGUUUAGCAAGGCUUGCAAAGGCUAUUUUUUAUCCAUAAUUGUUUGAUUUGUAUAUCUGUUGUAUAUACCCGUGUGCCUGGGGUCACAUAAAAAUUUCUCAGUCCAAAAGGGGUCCCGAGUGGAAAAGUAGCUCAGGUCUAGUGUUCACUGAUACAUUAUAGGGCACCAAGAAGGCUUAUUCUUGGAGGCACUAGGGAAACUGGAAAUUUAAUGAAAGAUGGUAUUAUGAAACAAAAAAUCUGUGGCAGAUGAUAAAACAUGCUUUUGCACAGAUCUUGAUUUCUCUAGUUCCUUCAUUUUGGAAAAAACAUGUAAAUUAUGUCUUUGUGAAGUGUGUGGAUUGUUUUAACCAAGCAGCCUGGUUUUGGAACUUUAUUUUCCUCUCUCUGCCUUGUGAAAAGUAUAUUCCAUAAUAGAAAUGUUCCUGUAUAAUGUAUUGUUUCUACUGUAUCUUGUAUUAAUGUUUGUAUUAAUAAGACCUCUGCUUUGAUAAACUGACAAGUUGUGUAUAGUGGGAAGCUAAUGCUGUGCUUUUGCUGAUAAUUCAACAAAAGUUCCUUUUAAAAAGACACAAAUCGAUGACUAAAGUGGACCAGUUCUUUUAACAGUCUUACAAUGCAAUUCUUUUCACUUGCUUGGAUGUAAUUUCCAUUGUAUUCAUUGGGGCUUAUUCUUUAGUAAGUGUGUUUUAGGAUUGCAAGUUUAAGUUUGCACUUGUUCAAAUUGAUGUUACAAUUCUUUUUAAAAAAAAAUUCACAUGGAUUUUUCAGGCUUGUUAAUUUAUAAUUUUAAAAUAAUGUGAUUUUUUAAAAAAUGUAACUACUAAAAGUAAUGUUGUUCGUCCAAGCAAAGAAAUGCAGUUCUGCAUUAGACUCCUUAUUGGGGAGUAGCUCCUUAAUUUUGUACCUACUCGCCAUCGGAUGAAGCAGCGCUACUGAGAGGAAAAUUCUUCAUUUGUGCGAAUUGCAAGAACACAAUGAUGUUACUGCUGCACACUGCAGACGAUCAUUUGGACAUUGAUGGAAAAGUGCCUGAUGUUUUUCCAAACAUAAAAAAUAAUGUUUUGUAUAAAGCCAUAAAUGUAAAUACACUGCUUUAAAGGUGUUGUCUUUCAUAUGAUUAUUUGUAUGCUGAUAAAAGUUUUGUUUGUUUCUAUUUGUAACCCUUCACAUAAUAAUGCAGAUGGCUUUACUGUGUUUCUAACUUGUCUUCACAGUGAUCUUGUGCAGUAGGUUGGCUUGUUUUUGUAUGGUGCCUUGGGCAUUUUUAUUGGAAAGAUGUCCUAAUAUAUUUUAUAAAUAAAUAGAUGAAUAUAA